AUGGGGAUAUUCAAGAAAAAACACCCGAAACAUUCAAAGCCAACGUUCAGGGGUAUCUUAACGGCGAUUUUAGCUACACAUGCUGCAGUAUUCCUCUUGAUUCUCGCCGGUUUAUCCCUCUCUGGCACAGCCGUGGCAUUUAUCGCCACUAUGCCGCUAUUCGUCGUAUUCAGUCCGCUUAUCGUACCAGCUGGUAUUACCACUGGUUUGCUGUUUACGGGUUUAGCCACCGGAGGCGGUGCCGGUUUGUCGGCUCUCAGCAUCAUCUCGUGGCUCUACAAGUUCUCAAGGCGGCCGUGA